AUGAAACAAUUAAGCAUAAUUAUAAACUAUAAUAGAGUCCAACAGUUUGAAAUAUUUGCAAAGGGGAGCUUGAAAUUCGACAAAAUUUUAGAGUCCUUAUUUUUUUUCGCUUAUGGUGCAAUAAACAUUUUAAUGCUUGAAAUAUCAUUCAGUAUUGGAAGCUCCUUUCCCAUCAAAUGAAAUUUUCAUUAUGAAUUAUCAGAAGUGCUUAUAUCCCUUCUGAAAAAAGAAAACUUGAUCCUAAUUGAGAUGCAUAAGGAUGGUUUUAGGCAGACCCAAAUAGACACAUUUUUUCCCGGGAUUAAUAUUGGACACCUGCUCAGGCAGGCCUGGUCGGCAAGGCCAGUGUUUUAA